AUGUUAUUUUAUUACCAAAUCGCAUUCAUAAUAACAGAAUUAAUCUUAUAUUACUUGUUAAAUUCAAUUUUUUUAUGUUCUCUGAGUAUAAAUGUUCAUUCUAGUUUACACCCUAGAAGGUUCAAUAGAUUCUUCAAUAAAAUCGAUUCAUAUCACAUAAAUCCGCUAAAUCAUGUAGAUAAAAAUCGAAAAUUUGGUUAUAUAAACCAAAACCCUAGUUUGUUUCAAAAAAAUACAGGAGUUUAUCGCAAUUUUUUAAAAUUCAGCAAAAAUGCUGAAGUUGCAGUGGAUCAAGAAGAAGUAGAUUCAGAGUUGAUUAGAAAUUUCUGUAUAAUAGCACAUGUUGAUCACGGAAAGUCGACCCUGGCAGAUAGGUUCCUGCAGUUUACAAAAGCAGUGCCUCCGGAACGCUUCAAGGACCAGUAUUUGGACAAUAUGGACCUGGAAAGAGAAAGAGGAAUAACAAUAAAGCUGCAAACAGCCUUGAUCAAGUAUAAGUCGUUUAUAGAUGGAAGGACGUACACACUAAACCUGAUUGACACGCCAGGACAUAUUGACUUUAAUCACGAGGCAAGAAGGUCAAUAUCAGCAUGUGAAGGAGCAAUACUGGUGGUGGACGGGACGAAGGGAAUAGAAGCGCAGACAGUGACGACUGCAAAUAUCGCAAUAGAAAAGGGACUGAAGAUAAUACCAGUGGUUAACAAAAUUGAUAUGGGACACUGCGACUACGAGUCGACGGCCAUAAACCUGAAGAAGCACUUUGACUUUACAGAAGCGGAGAUACUCAAGGCAUCAGCGAAGCAGGGCACUGGAAUCGAGGACAUACUGGAGGCGGUGGUUGGAGUGGUUCCUCCCCCGAAAGUAGACCUGGAGAAGCCGUUCAGAGCCCUCGUGUUCGACAGCAUAUACGACAACAACAAGGGAGCAAUAUGCUACGUCAGAGUGUUUGAAGGCUCUCUGAAGGUCGGAGAUGAAAUAACGCUGAUGAACGCAAAAAUAACAUCCAAAGUCACAGCACUUGGAGUGUUGUUGCCAGAUAAGAGGGAGGAAACAGACUCACUGCAGUCGGGGCAAGUUGGUUGGAUAACGGCAGGAAUAAAAAACACAUCGCAAAUAGAGGUCGGAGACACUAUAUCACUGAAGAAAAACCUGGUUGAGCCGGUGCAUAAAUUUGAGAGUUCUAAGCCCACAGUGUUCGCAGGCAUAUACCCGUGCAUUGGAGGAGACUUUGACAAGCUGCAGACGGCCCUGGAGAAGCUUAAGCUGAACGACCACUCCUUCCACUUUGAAACGUCAAACUCGAGUCUGGUCGGCCACGGGUUUAAGUGCGGCUUCAACGGGCUGUUGCACCUGGACAUCAUUGUCCAGAGACUGGACAGAGAAUUUGACACGCAAGUAAUAGUGACGUCGCCGUCUGUGCCUUAUAGGUGCACGCUGAGGGACGGAACGGUGAUAAUGGUGGAUGACGCGGCCAAGUGGCCGGACGACAAGGUGGUUCAGAGCAGCGAAGAGCCGUGGACCUACGUGACAGUGAGAACACAGCAAGAUUCGCUGGGAGAAGUUAUGUCAAUGAUGAAUAAAAUGAGAGCAAGGUUCCUGGAGAAGACGGCAGUGAGGGGGACAAACAUGGUGGUCAUGGAGUACGAAAUACCAAUGUGCGAAAUCCUGUCGGACUUCUUCAGUAAACUUAAGUCAGUGACAAACGGGUUCGGCUCAUACGACUACGAAGGAACGUUCUACCAGCCGAUAGAGCUGUGCAAAAUGAGGAUACUGCUGAACGGAGACGAGGCAGUAGGCCUGGCAGUGGUAGUGCCGAGAAAGGAGGCGCACGAAAGAGGCAAAUUCAUAGUGCAGACGCUGGUGAAGCUGAUCCCGAAAAGGCAGUUUAAAGUGCCAGUACAGGCAGUGGUGGGAAGGAAGGUGAUAGCCUCGGCAAGCAUACCGGCGGUGAGGAAGGACGUAACGGAAAGGUGUAGCGGAGGAGACCCGUCGAGAAAGAGGAAACUGCUCGAAAACCAAGCGAGCGUAAGUGGAAGUGGAAAUGACUGA